UAACUUAUGAUCUUUGUUUUAGCAAUGAUAAAACAGUUUUUAAAUGAUGUAAAAUGGCAGUCUAUUGAUUAUUUGGUAAUAGACAUGCCCCCUGGGACAUCUGAUGAACACAUUACACUUUCUGAAAAUAUUAAAAAUAUUCCAAAUGUUGGGGCUGUAAUUGUCACUACUCCUCAAAUGGUUGCUAUUAGUGAUGUAUUGCGGGAAAUCACAUUUUGUAAAAAGGCUUCUUUACCAGUAAUAGGAAUAAUUGAAAACAUGAGUGGUUUUGUUUGUCCAAACUGUAAGGAAUGUUCAGCUAUUUUUUCACAAGGAGGUGGAGAAGCUUUAGCUAAUGAAGCAAAUUUAACAUUUUUAGGAUCUAUCCCUCUGGAUCCGGAAUUUGCUUCAUGUAUUGGAAAAAGAUGUGCAAAGGAAGAUAUUGGCGAAAUUGAAACACUAAAAAAGUUUGAAAGUAUAGCUGAAACUGUUGUAAAUAAAAUGAAAGUAUCUUAGAAAAUUGAGUUGUAUUGUGUAAAUAUAAUUAAAUCAAUAUUUUUUUUUAA